UGCACGUACGUUUUGCAAAAACGUGUUUACGCCAGCGCACACCGUCUGCCAUAUGCAUGCAAUAUGGGCGUACAUCAACACAGCUUUUCCUGUGCAACACAUUUUGCCUACCUGAACAACAUCCGCUUGCCUAGUUCGCGCAUGUUGGUAACUCUCCUUAGGGGUUUGAGUCACCGCCACACUGACAUCUGAUCUGGUAGCUGCGAUUCUGCCCGGCCUGUAUCAGAACCCUUCAGAGACGAGGCGAAGGGAUUUGCUCAACGUAUCAUGGCUAGCAGACUGCGGCCGUACCUCGUAGGACUAACGGCGCUUCUGGUGUUUUUGCUGUACUUCACAAUCGGUUAUCAAGACGCUCGGGAGCAGGGCUUCUUUGAAGAAGACUGUUCGUCGGAGAUGAUCAUGUUUGUGGAAUCGAGUGGACAAGGACACUUGAACGGUCGCAUAUCCUGCGCCCUUGAAUCGACCUCGAAGCAUAAUCCAGAGAGGACCGUCGUGCUUUGGUAUCACGAGAAAUUACUUUCAAGAGACAAUCCUUUCAUUCCUGUUAUAGAAAGGCUCGGUAACGUGCAGCUGCGUAAUAUGACGCCAGAAGUCAUCUUCAAGGGCACUCCCUUGGAACUGUGGUAUGCAUCAGGAAUUCUGAACCAGAGUUCGCACAGCGUGGUUCAUCUAUCGGAUGCUCUUCGACUGGCCCUAGUCUAUAAGUUUGGAGGUGCCUACAUGGACAUCGACAUCGUCAACCUUAAGCCCCUGAAUGGACUCAGGAAUUGCAUCUCUCGUUCGCAAGAGGACAUGGUCUCCAAUGCCUUUUUAUUUUUUGACCGAGGCCACCCGUUCCUCCUUCACUGCAUGCGACGCUUUGCGGAGAACUACAAGCCACACACAUGGGGAGAGAACGGUCCAAGACUUUUACGUCACGUCAUACUCAAACUUUGCAACAAGCCAAGCAUCCGGGAUCUCGUCGGACAGCCAUGCGCGAACGUCACUGUGUUACCGUCCGAACUGUUACUUCCAUUAAACUUUACACAGUGGAACCAUUUCUUCCAACGGAAGCACUGUGCACAGGCCUGGAAUUCACUGGAACAGAGUUACGUCAUGCACAUCUUUGGUUCCAGGAGUAGUGAGGCACAUGUGAAAGAGAACGACGGAUCCGCGUACGAAGAGGCGGCCAGAUUGCAUUGUCCGAAAUCGUUCAGGACAGCCAUUAAAUAUCGAGGUUAUUUUUAACUUGAGUCAAGGUUUUGUUGUUGUGCGGGCAGUAGUUCUACGAAACAGGCUGGUGCUGCAACACCCUUCAUGACUGUUACUCGUUCAUGUGGAGCGCGACUUGCGUAGUUCUGUAUCUUGCAAGAACGCAGUUUGCCAACACCUGUUCGAGGUUUUAAUACUUGACACUUGGUACUUUGGAUAAGUGACGCUUUAGAUAACGUUGGUUUCAUUAAUAUUUAAGUAAUGUGCAGCGUCGUGGUUCCAAAAUGUCACAAUAGUACGCAUCACUCCACGAUGAA